GACCUUUGUGAGAAGAUGAUUUUUAUCUGGGGCUUGGAAGAACGUGCUAGAGCAUUUUCAAGUAUGAAUUCUGCGUGGAACACUUCGGACAAAAAUUUUAAUGCUUCCCAUGGUUUUAAUCCGGACUCUCAAAGAAGUGUAAACCUCCUCAGCGAGAAUGAUUCUGAGACGAAGACGAGUUCCAGGCCUAUGGACUUUGUGAGAAGAAUUGUAGGGACAAAUGGUAAGGGUGUUAUGGGGGCUGCUGAACUUUCUAGCUAUAUUUUAGAGCAUGAUCAUGAUGUUGUUCAUAUAAAGCUAUUGCUUAACAAUACCUUUGUUACUGUGACGGACUCUAAAGGAAAUGUAAAACUUAAGUCUUCAGUUGGGUGUCUGAAAGACAUGAAAGUAGGACAAAAGCUUGCCAGGUAUGCUGCUGAAGCUACAGCUGAAGAAGUUGGACGAAUGGUUAGGAGGUUGGCACUGAAAUCUGUUGUUAAAGUGAAAGGAUUUAAUUAUUUUAAGAAGAAGAGGCAGGCAAUGGAGAGCUGAGAGGGCUUUAGUAAUUCUCGAGCAGCUAGAAAUCCAAUUGUGUGCGUUGAAGAUACGACUCGAAUUCCCCAUAACGGAUGGCGGCGCCCUGCGAAACGACGUAUUUGAUUGAUCUCCUGAAGCUUUAUGUGCAAAGUAGUGCCAUAAAUUCUUCUGAACUUUUGUUACAUGCUGAAUUCAUCUUGAAUAUCUAUUUGAUUUUGAUGUUGAAUUCCAAUAUACAAGUCCAGCUUGCAUAUCUUG